AAAAAAGAAUAGACAUAACCUCAAACUUGAUAGUGAUUUUAUUUUUAAUCCAACUGUCAAUGCUACCACCAGAAACAUAACCUCGAAAAUUUGAAUUCUCAUUCUCGAUGCUUUUUUCGGCUGAAAUUAGCGAUUUUCGCACUGUCCACAACGUCCUGCGUUCGAUUUCGCUCAAAGACUAUGUAAUUCUGCGCCCCACUGAAGAGGGGCUAAAGUUCACCCUUGAAGAAAUGAAGAGCGUGGAAAUCUCGGCCUACGUGCCUCGUAGCAUAUUCUCGCACUACCGGAUCGAGGAAAAUCAAGACAUUGUGUUUAAAAUAAGCAUGAAAGUGUUGACUGAGUGUUUAAACAUUUUUGGGGAUGACGGGAAUCCGAGCGUGAAGUUGUCCUACAAAAGUAUUGGAGAUCCGCUUUGUCUUAUAAUUAAACACAGCGAGGAAAAUAUUACAGUUGACUGUGAGAUUAAAACAAUGAAUGUGGAUGACAGCCCGGACGUGAGUUUGGCGGAAGAGUGUAACUUGAAUAAAGUCGUGGUUAACGCGAGUAUUUUAACUGAGGUUUUGCAAAGACUGGAUAAUGCAGCUGAGGAGCUCAGUAUUGAGAUAAAUCCAGAGCCGCCUCAUUUUAUUCUGACGACGACGGGGAUUGCUGGGGAGUCCAAGGUGAACAUUCCACGACAUUCAGACUCCAUCACCAUUUUUCAGUGUAAAGAAAAGUGUCUGUGGAAGUACGCCUUUUCCAAUGUACGACAGAUUUUAAAAGUUAUGAAUUACGCCAGCAAAGUUGCCAUUUUUACAGGGGAAACUGGCUUGUUAGGGCUGCAGCUGGUUAUUAAUUCUGACGACAAACAAAUGUAUGUUGAGUAUUACGUGACGUCUUUAUUUGCAGAAGAUUGAGUAUAUUUUUGAUUGAAAAAAAAGACUUUCGUACAUUUCAGAACUUUAUUAUAAUAGUUUUCCACAAAGAAUAAACAUGUGACGUUUA